UCGGUUGAAAUUCGACGGCCUCAACUAUAAGAGCGAAAGGCUUCGUACGAAUAGCGUUUACCAGCACCUUCGCUUGCUACGGAAAGGUUGCAAGACAUUUAAGAUGGCACAUGUAUAUAAGGAAGUAGAUAUGUCUAGGGUAAGCAAAACCCCAAAGCUACAGAGUGACUCUGAGAUGUCGGAGAGGACGAGACAUUUACCCUUUAGCCAACCUAAUCCUAGCAGCCUUAACAGCGGAAACUUAAACUCACAGAGUAAACUAACAGAUGAAAAUGUUAACAAUGAUCCAUCCACCAAAAAAAGCGACAUAGUGAAACUACUCGUCCAAGAGGCUUUAGACUACAAACGAUCUCGUCUCGUGGAGAAUACUCGUGAGCGUGGCAGUGUACUUAAAGAUGUAACUAUUAGAUCAAGACAAUUUGGUAUAAGAGAAUUCAUCCGGAAGCCCACCCUUGUAAGAGAUUUUACAACAACUGAUGACUCAAACACUGCAUUCAUAGAGAACACUCCAAGUCCAGCAGUUGAUGACAAUAGAACAAAAUAUAGAAAACCAACAGUUAGUCUCAAAGAAAAGGACAAAACAAAGAAGGAAAGAAAGGAUAAAUUGCCCUCGGUCGAUGAAAAAGAAAGCGAAUUAAGUUUAAAAAACAGAACCCGCAUAUUGCCCGGCAAGAAAUCGCUGACUGCUGAAAAAAUAGAAACCCCACUAAAUAAAAGCAAGCGUAAAUUGUAUUCAAUAAAAGAUGACAGUUUAAUCAAUAUAAAAACAGGAAUUUACGUGUCUGAAACCGAAGAAGACAACAGCGUUUUACCAGGUGAAUACAAAUCUCUGACAUCCGGCGCUACUUCAUAUAAAGCACUGGAGAAAAUGCGUAAAAUAGCAGCAGCGCGACAUUUACGCAACCGAAAGUCCAAGGAAACUGAAACCGCGACCUUGUUUGACCUACUUAAAAAAACGGUGGAUGAGGAAAAAGUUGUGCUAGUUGAUACGACAGUUAUUGGUAAAGAUGCUUUGUACAAUAUGUCGAGUAGCAGUGAGGAUUCAGAUGAGGAUUUUAAGAGAAAGAAACUUGUCCCUCGAAAUAAAGCAAAGUCUGUUAAAGCUAAAAAUCUAAAGCGUGGCCAGACUAAAUCUAAACCUUAUUCCAAUCCAAAACAUAAUUUAAAUGGUAAACCGAUUGCACGUUCUGAACAAGUGGAAAAAAUGCCUAUACCACCGGAACCCAUAAUAGACUUAGUGGACGAGCGAAUGAGAGAAGCUACUGCUGAAGCAUUAAACACAUCUCUAAUAACCAAAACUCGUAACGAAGAAUCAAAGAUUGACCUGGAACCACUUUAUAAAAGACCUAAAAUGGAACUCGUUCCACACGAGAAAGAAUGUGAAAUAGUUGCCGCUCCCACCGCGAAAACCACAAAAAAGCGGACUAAAAACAGAAGCCUUCAUGCAAAAGAAAGAAAAAAUAUAUCCAAAAACCGACUAGUAAAAAUUACGGACAAAAAUGACGAUGGCGAAACUAUAAGUCCUUUACCGAGUCUCAAAAUCGAAGUGGCGCAAGAGACCGAAAACGUCGACGAUUCCAUUGUAAUGUUAGGCAAAUUAGUUAAUAAAUGUGUAGACGACUCUAACACAUCACACGUCCACAACGAUGAAUUUUGUGAAGCUACUCCAAAUGUAAGAUCUGAUAGUAAAAAAAAUAGUACAGUAAUCGAGACUGAACCGGUUCGUAACGCCAGAUCGUCAUCUUAUGAUAGCAAUAUAUCAAAAAACAAAAAACUGGUAGUCGUAUUAGACAGAUUUGAUAUACAUGCUUUAAAAUCAAUUUCAACUGUAGGAACAUCUCCGAUCACGGCACACGGCGAUGUCGACGAACCUCCGCCGCAAGUUGAGGACAUCGACAGACCAAUAAUACGGCGGAGUUUAGACACAGAGGGCUUCAGUGAAGGCGCCCUCCAAUUUUACAAUAAACUUACGAACGAUUUAAAGGUAUCUACAGAAAGUUGUGAAAAGGAAGGAACUGAAAGCGCCGAAAAUUCAUAUUUUAAAGACAUACGUAAAAAACCUUUUGUUUUUAAAACUCCUUUCGUUCCCAUAGAAAGACUAACGCAAAAGGAAUUAGAUAUUAUACACCUCGCACCUUCACGUCAUCUGGUUUCCGAUAGUCCAUCAAAGAAAGAACGAACAAAUAAUACAAAUACACGGAGAGUCUGUAAAUCUGUUAUCUCGCCGAUUUCAUUCUCAGAAAUAAUGUCUAGUAAAAAAUCUCACUCAUUUGAGGAGGAACAAUGGCGUCCUUUGAAGAUAUCUGAGCUAGAAAAGCCAUCUAAUCAAUAUGAUCUGCGGAAAUUGGGCAAGACAUACAGUACUAAAGACAAAAGUCGAUCGACAAGGAGUUCUCAAGUGCUAACACCAAACGAAGACCGAGCGAAGAAGCUUGAUGAGAAGGACAUUUUGGCCAGCGGGGCAACUCAGUCGGGCAGCUCCAGCGUCGAAGAUUGGUUUUGCCAAAACGAGCGCCGCGCGCCGACCACCGCAGAAGAUACGAGAAACGAGGUUCUGGCCAGUGUUCGUGAAAAGCUUAAUACCACUUUAUAUGAAAUGUUCCUGAACACACGCAAUUCGAUGAUCAAAAUGCAAGCCCAGACAAAGUCAGACUGCGAGCGGAAGGAGCAAAAGCGCAAAGAGGAGUUCCGACAGCUGCAGUCGCAGGUGGAGCAGUUGCAACAGACGCUGGCGCAGGUCGAUAGGACGUCCAAAGAGGAGCAUGAACGUUGUAUGGAAAAUAUGGAAACCAGGACGCGCGAAAUUCUUAUUGAAGAUUUUAGGAGCAUUCGCACCUUUAAGCACUUACUCAAAGCCGACCUUGAGGCGGCCAUGAGAGUUAGAUAAUAAUUAUUUUAACUAAACAGGCAUGCGCUUGACUAUGCAGUCAAGCACACCAAAGUAGGUCAUGAUGUAUGAGGAGCACGCUUGCCCAGAAGGUGCCUAUUCCCUCUUGAAGGUCCCAACGUGAUUGACGGGGGAAUCGGAAGCCGGAAGGGCAUUCCUUCUAGCAGUGCGUAGGUAACGCACCGUAGAAGGAAUGCCCUUAUAAACAAGGAAGCGAAUCGCUAAUUGAAAAUUGUAAUACUUAAUAGCUCUAUUCUAUGUGUAAAUAUUUUGAAUUAAUUUUUGUAUAUUAUUAGUAGGUACGUAGCGCCCCGGCCGCCGUUUGGCUCGUCUUGGCGGGGGCACUGCCGUGCCCCCUGAUUAUUAGGUAUGCGCUUCCCUAAUCGAGCCAAAUCGGUACUUAAUAAAUAAUAAUAAGAUAAUUAUAAUAAAAUUAACCCACUUAGGUUUACGUAAAGUUAUGCGCAUUUUGUUUUGUUUUGUAUAUAUUUUAUUUGUCUAUGGAAGAAGUAGGCACCCCGUGGGAAUCCGGGGCGUGUUAACUAGUAAAUAAAUAUAAAGAUUUAUA